AUGACAACACUUAAACUUGAAAAAGAUAGAAUACCAACGUUAAAUCCAUUGUGUGAAAUAUACUGGGGGUCAUCAGGUGUUAACCAAGGAAUACUAAAGCAACCACAUUUUGAACUAAUGUUUAAACAAAUAUUACUCAUGGAAUUAAGUAAUUCACUAUCUAUCAAAAGAAAACAAUCUAAGAAUAAGAAAUCAUUUACUUUGCCAAUAAUUGAUAUCCCAACACGAAAUGUAUCUUAUCAGACAUCAACUUCAAAAUAUAUGGUCAAGAAGCAAGAGAAUUUCCUAGUUCAUAAUGUAAACAUGCCUCUUGAUGAUUUGUAUAAAAAUUUUAAUUAUUCACCAGAUAAACUAUCAUUAAAAGAAUUAACGAAAAUCAAAACCGAUCGUAAAAAUACUUCAAAGGCAAUAAACUUGUAA